ACAGCAAACAUGGAAACUCAAGCUAGCAACACCAUGAAGAAAGCCCUUCUGGGCCUCAACUGUAUAAUACUAGCCAUAGGCAACUGCGGCGGUCCUCUAGUAAUUCGUCUCUACUUCAUCCGAGGAGGCAAAAGAAUCUGGUUUUCAAGCUGGCUAGAAACCAGUGCCUGGCCAAUCAUAUUCAUCCCUCUCACAAUAGCAUACAUGCAGCGCCGCAAAACUGGUGGUGCCACUAACAAAACCCAGUUCUUCUUAAUGAAACCUCGCGUACUUAUCACAUCAGCUGCCAUCGGAGUUUUGACCGGACUCGAUACCCAUCUCGACGCCUAUGGUGUUGCGAAACUACCAGUUUCGACCUCUGCUCUUAUUAUUUCUACCCAGCUUGCAUUCACUGCAGGAUUUGCAUUUCUUCUUGUUAAGCAGAAGUUUACUGCUUAUUCGAUAAGCGCUAUAGUUUUGUUGACUACUGGGGCUGUAAUUUUGGGUCUUCAUACAAGCAGUGAUAGACCAGAUGGUGAAUCGAAAAAGGAAUAUCUUUUAGGGUUUUUCUUGACACUUGCUGCAGCAGCUUUGUAUGGACUCAUUUUGCCGCUGGUGGAGUUGAUGUAUUUGAAGGCUAAACAGACUAUUAUUUAUACAUUAGUAUUGGAGAUACAGAUGGUUAUUUGUUUCUUUGCUACUGCCGUUUGUACCGUUGGAAUGCUUAUCAACAAUGAUUUCCAGGCAAUCUCAAGGGAGGCGAAAGAGUAUGAACUUGGAGAAGGCAAAUACUAUUUGGUAGUGGUUUUCAAUGCAAUUACUUGGCAGUGUUUCUCUUUGGGGUCAAUUGGAGUCAUUUUCUGCUCUUCAUCUCUUCUAUCGGGCAUCGUCAUAGCUGCUCCAUUACCCGUCACAAAAGUAUUAGCAGUUAUUUUUUACCAUGAAAGGUUUCAAGCAGAAAAGGGCAUUUCUCUUUUCCUCUCACUUUGGGGUUUUAUUUCCUAUUUCUACGGUGAGAUCAAACACAACGGCAACAGGAAGAAUGUGAGUCAUGGAGAAAUUGACAAGUCAUCUUCACCUAGUAAUCCUGAUUUGCAACUGGUGGUCUCGAAUGUGCCUAAUGAGAAUACUAAAAUUGGGGAAGAAGGAGAAGUUUCUCCAAUUCCACUUGCCAUUCUAGGUGAAGAUGAUAGUGAUACAUCUAUCCCUCAGUCUAACAUGUUGGCAACAAAAGCUAGAGGUUCACUUCAGAAAAAGAAGAAUGGAUUGAUGGACAAGUAUAAAAAGGGCAAGAAGCAUCACUACCCUAGGGAAGAUGCUGGAAUAUGA